AUGAUCAACCUUUACACCUGCGAGCAACGCUGCAAUGGGAUCCAGUCGAAGGCGGCAUCGCAUGCCCUGGGCACGUUGGGGAACGUGAGCUUUGCGUUCUCAUGCCUAUUCAUGGCCGAGCUGGUUUUCUCGAUCUGGGCAUUUGGCGCGCAAUAUUUUCGGUCCUGGUUCCGUGUGUUUGACGCGACGGUGAUCAUUGGGAAUUUGGUCGUUGAUACCCUUCUUCGCGGCGUCACCAAGGACGCGGCUUCGUUGGCCGUCAUCCUGAGGUUAUGGCGACUCUAUAAGAUCGGUAAAGAGGUUUCCGGGGGCGCUGCGGGGCUGAUGGAGGUUCUUAAUGGCAGGAUUGAGGUCCUUGAGAAGGAGAACCAUAGACUAAGGACUCAACUUACAUCUCUUUCACCAGAGCUGGACUAUUGA